GGGUUGUUUUGAUUCUGUGGCAGACUCUGCUUGACUCUUGCUGUGUCUUGGAAACAGCACUCAAUAUUUUCCAUUUCUGUUUCUAUUUCUAUUCUUUUCUAAUUUCUUUCCACACUCACUCACACACUCUCCAAUCCUCUAUUCUAUAAUUCUAGGGUUCCAACGCUCACAAAAACGCGCUUUUGCGAUUGUGUGAGUUAUGCUUGAGAAAUGGAUGCUGGGGUGAACAAUCCGAGUGAGGGACGAGUGGUGGUGGUUCCCAUGCAUGUCGAUUAUGCCAAUGGAACUGAUGAAGGUGAAGAAGCUUCUUCUGCUAUGAACUCCAGAACCAGUGAACUCACCAUUUCCUUUGAAGGAGAGGUCUAUGUUUUCCCCGCUGUUACGCCAGAAAAGGUUUCUAUUAAGCUACCAUGCUGUUUUUGUGGUUAUUACAGAGAGAUACCAACAAGUGGUGCAGGCUGUAUUAUUACUCUUGGGAGGGCAGGAGAUGCCAAAUAGUAUCCCCACCUCUGACUAUUUGCUGCAGCAAAACUGUCAGGACAUUAGGACAAUAAAUGAUUCUUCCCGAAGUUCAAAGCUUUCUCGAAGAAUUGCAUCACUUGUUAGGUUUCGUGAAAAACGAAAAGAGAGAUGUUUUGAGAAGAAAAUUCGGUACUCUUGCCGUAAAGAGGUUGCUCAGAGGAUGCAUCGUAAGAAUGGACAGUUUGCAUCAUUGAAGGAAGACUACAAAUCUCCUACUGAAAACUGGGAUUCAAGCAAUGGUACUCCUUGCCCAGAAUCUACUGAACGUAGAUGCCAACACUGUGGAAUUAGUGAGAAAUCUACUCCAGCUAUGCGUCGAGGACCAGCUGGUCCAAGAUCUCUUUGCAAUGCCUGUGGGCUUAUGUGGGCAAAUAAGGGAACUCUGAGAGAUCUCAGCAAAGCAGGAAGGAUUGCUUUUGAACAAAAUGAACUGGAUACUUCAGCUGAUAUAAAGCCUUCAACAACAGAACCAGAAAAUUCUGGUGCUGACCAGGAAAAGGAGGGAAGCCCUGAGGAAACUAAGCCUGUGCCAAUGGAUUCCAGACAGUCGCCUGAAAAGACAAAUGAGCAGUUUAUUCUCGAUACUGCUGAAGCAGUUACCGACAACUUGUCCAUGCAAGUGGAGAAUCAUGCUCUUAGUCUGCAUGAGCAGGUAGGUAUAAUUGGAGAUGGAAAUUUCAUGAAAAGGGUUGAGGUGAUAUGAGAAUUGGUAUAUUAUACGUUUGAGAUUUACAGGAUACACUUGAGGAUCUUGCUGAUGCUUCUGGGACUGAAUUUGAUAUUCCUGCAGGUUUUGAUGAGCAGGUAGGUAUAUGAUUUAAUUGACUUGUCACGAUUCCUGAAAAUUAUCCGUCAGUUACUUGUUAAAGUUCAUGAGUACUACUAACAUACAGGUUGAUAUUGAUGAUUCCAACAUGAGGACUUACUGGCUGUGAUAUAGAGAUAUUAGCAUAUUGCUGUGCGCAACCAGAUAAUGGCCUCCUGUUGACGCAUGGUUUGUUCACAAUGGAAACUAAUGUUCACUGCUGGUUCAACUAACCAUGGACUUCCAGAAAUAGUUUAUGUUUUAUAGACAAAUUAUUUCUGGAAGCACUGUGAAUUAUAUGAUUGUAGACUUACAAUUUUCUUACAUGAAAGUUCCUGUACAUCCCUUUGGGACCAGAUUUGAUUUAUAUAAUGUGAAUAGUUCGG